AUGGAGGGGUUCGAUGAAGACGCUUUUAAAAAGUUUUUUCCUAGUGGCUUUGGAAAGCAGGAUCGGGAGACCGAUGUUGCCGCACAGAUUGAAAGAACGAAGCGUACAGCCAAACCGACGGCAACACAGACUCAAACACAGAACAUUGAGGCUGUAGCAGCGGAUGAAGCAGCGGUAUCAAGCUCUGAGUCCGAUGAAUCAGACGAUGAUGACGAGUUUCCAGUAUCGCACGCUCUCGUGUUCAAGACCCAUGACCGUCCUGUCACUACAAUCACUGUUGAUCCUUCUGGGUCCCGAAUGAUAACUGGAUCGACAGAUUGCACGAUAAAGCUUCAUGACUUCGCAUCGCUUACCCCUACAACCUUGCGAGCUUUCAAAUCAGUUGAACCAUCUGCCAAGAAACAUUCUGCUGCCUCCGAAACACACCCCGUUCACCUCACCAAAUUCAACCCAUUGUCUCCCAGCCAGGUACUCGUAAUUACUGCAACCCCACAGCCGAAGAUCCUAUCUCGGGAUGGAGAUACAUUAACGGAGUUCGUCAAAGGGGACAUGUAUUUACGAGAUAUGCAUAAUACGAAAGGCCAUGUCUCGGAGGUCACAAGUGGAACGUGGAGCCCUACUGAUUAUAACCUAUGCGCCACCGGAGGCACAGAUAGUACAGUUCGAAUAUGGGAUGCCAAUAUAGGGAGAAGCCAGAAGGAAGUUAUUGUUCAUAAGUCUAGGGCAGCAGGUUCGGCUGGAAGAACAAGAAUAACGGCCGUUGCUUGGGGAUCGCCUGGUCAAGGAGGAAAUAAUGUCCUUGUAGCAGCUGCGUUAGAUGGAAGCCUAGUAAUGUGGAGCGGAAACGGACCUUACACAAGGCCAAGUGGGGAAGUUCGAGAUGCUCAUAUAAAAGAUACCUGGACGAGCGGAUUGGAUAUAAGUCCAGAUGGUAGGUUAGUUGUGACAAGAGGAGGUGAUGAUACCCUGAAGCUCUGGGAUACUAGGAAAUUCAAAAAGCCGGUAACAACCGUCACACAUGCUUCAGGAUCAAAAUUAUAUCCCACCUCUAACAUACAAUUUUCUCCAAAUGGGGCAAAUAUCAUUACGGGCUCAGAUACUGGGCACUUAUACAUUAUGAACCCUGCAACCUUGAAACCUGAACUAACGACUCCAGUGUCCCCUGACUUACCGCUUAUCACUGUGCUCUGGCAUGACAAAUUAAAGCAAAUACUUGCUGGUUCCGCUAAUGGGCAAACGCACAUCCUAUACAAUCCAAACCUUUCGCGAAAUGGUGCUCUAACGAUCAUGUCCAAGGCACCUAAGCGUCGCCAUAUUGAUGACGAUCCCAACCUAACAACUGACCUCUCUCUUGGUUUCUCUGGAGAAGGCAUCAGCACUGGCGGUUUUGCUAGCAAAAAUUCUACAAUUGGUCUCACAGCAUCAGGCAAAUCCCGUGACCCACGGCGGCCUCACCUACCAGCACAGACACCGUUUGCGAAAAGUCAGCCGGAUGAAAAGCAUAUCAAGGAAAAUAUCCCCCUCAGUUCGAUGAGAGACGAGGACCCGAGAGAAGCAUUACUGAAGUAUGCAGAGAAAGCAGAGAAGGAGCCUUUGUUUACAAACGCAUGGAAACAUACCCAACCAAAGCCUAUAUUUGCAGAAUUAAGUGAUGAAGAAGAAGAGGAGUCAAGAAAUCAAGGCCCUGACAAAAAGAGAUUAAAAAGAUGA